AUGGGCCGAAGGACGCGGCAGAGGUUUCCGGUCGGCAGACAGUUCGUUACUGACAGAAGAACUGAUCGCGGCCAAAACAACAGAUCGCUACAGGACAAGGAAGCAUCAGAUCCAGGAAGUUCGGCGAAUAUCAUACAAUGGAGGGUAUUGGAGCCAACCAAACUUACCGGAAGCAUCAUUCCGGCCAUAAAACUCCUCGUCGGGUUUAACCUCGCAAGCGUGACAACCCGAGGAGAGAUCCUGCUGCCCACAAAUGCCGAGGGGGUGAUGAAGACGACCAUUUUCGAGGUUGUGGAUGGUGAUAUGGGUUAUAACAUUAUUAUGGGAAGACCGUGGUUGCACGAGAUAAAAGCCGUACCAUCAACGUAUCAUCAGUUGCUAAUAUUCUCAACUCCCGAGGGGAUUAAACAGAUAAAAGGCGACCAACAGGCGACAAAGGAGAUGAAUGCAAUUUCGGUCUCCAAUAGCAAAGGGAAGGAGCAUGAGGCAUAG